AUGCCAAAGAGGAAGAGCAUUGAACCAGAGGGUUCAUCACAUUUUCAAAAAUGCCCUGUUCGGACGUCAAAGCCUACAGAAGCCCAGAUCACUGAGCUAAGGAGUAACUUUGAGGUAACGUCAGUGAAUCGAAGACGCCGUGCUCGGUGCUUCCAUUGCGGUGUCAGUAACAUACCUGCUAAAUGGAACCGACUGCUGGGGCAUAUUCCCAGUUGUCCAGACUUAUGGGGCAAGUACAGCAAACCGGCCUCGGGAGUUACAGACGAGGAGUGGUCCAUCGUGUGUCAGCUGAAGGAGAUCCUGCCAGUUUGGAUGCCAUUCUGGGCAGAGAUUUACCUGCAUUAUGAUACCACGAAGGAAUAUGAGGGCGGCCUCAUCCUCCGCAUAUGCCAUCAUUGUGGCCAGGAGGUGAAGCACAGCUUUCUGCUCCACCUGAUCGUCUGCCCUGGGCCGGGACUCGACGAUACUUGGUUCAAAUUGGGCAAGUUUACCUGUGCUGACUGCAACGAAGAGGUUUGGAACUCUAAUCUACAAGUGCACCAGCACCAAUGCCGCAAGCUUCGGAUACGCUGCGGUCGCUGUGGGGCUAAGAUCCCUCGAGACAUGACCCAGGAGCAUCUUAAGUUGUGGUCGAGCAAGCCGAAGAACGUCGGCGUCCUAGACGUCGAGUAUUCCCCGCUGUUGCUGCCACGGUUUGGGCACCUGGGCGUAUUUGAGCUCGCUCUGGCUAAUGCUGAUGAGGAUUGGAUCAUCCCCUGUACCAAAAUUGAUCACGGGAUGUCCGUCCGCAAGCUUGCAGACCACAUUCUUUCUCUCGCCGUUGAUAUACGAAGCGAAGCCUAUUAUAUGGCUUUAAGCAUGCUGAAAACUCACUAUGGUGAGGGAGAUUGGUCUGAGCGGACCUCAGGCCAUACAUGGGCUGAGAUCGCACAAAUGCUUGAGUGUUAUACCGAGAAGCAUGGCAGGCUUGGGAAACUGUUGGACUGGAGUUCGACGAACAAGGACUACCUUUGCCUGAAAUAUGGUUUAGAGUCCGUGGGCCGGGCAGACUUACUCCCACCUGAGCCUGAUCGUUCUGAGUGUCCCUUGUCGUGGUGGUCAAGUGUGAGAAGGUCCCUCAAGCUUGAUGCUAACAGUGCGUCUCUGAGGUUGGGAAAACUGUUUCGAAGAUUAUACCCUGAAGAUGUCAUGCUCGCUAGCGACUGGCACAAUGCCGGCAGCGAUGUGAGCAUGACUCUUCGAAUCAUCAGAUUCUUCUUUGAUCAAAUUCAAGGAAGGAUAGAAAGAGGCACCCUGCACGAGUACUGGCCUGGCAAUGAAGUCCAUGGGGACCUUGGUGAGGAGUCCGGUUGGUAUACUGAUUGA